UGUAGGGCGGAGUCGGGCCUGUCGCUGUGUGUCCGAUACGGAUUCGGAGCUGAUGCGGGAGCCGCUGCGAUGUCGGGAGCCGUGUUCUUCGGCUGCACUUUCAUCGCCUUCGGGCCCGCGCUCUCUCUCUUCCUCUUCACCAUCGCCCGGGAACCGCUGCGGGUUAUUCUCCUGAUCGGAGGGGCCUUCUUCUGGUUGGUGUCCCUGCUGCUGUCGUCAGUUGUGUGGAUGGUUGCUGUGCAACUAAGUGACAAGAACAAUGCGAUAAUGCAGAAGGGGCUUCUCAUCUUUGGCGUCAUUUUCUCAGUGCUGCUUCAAGAGCUCAUUCGAUUUGGUUACUAUAAGCUAUUAAAGAAGGCAAAUGAAGGGUUACUGGCAAUAACUCGAGAGGAGAUCAUGCCUAUUUCUGUUCAACAGCUGGCUUAUGUUUCAGGGCUGGGAUUUGGUAUAAUGAGCGGAGCCUUCUCGGUUGUAAAUAUCCUCGCGGAUUCCCUGGGCCCAGGCACAGUCGGCAUUCACGGGGAUUCAUCGCAUUAUUUCCUUCUGUCAGCAUUUAUGACACUGGCCAUCAUCCUGCUGCACGUGUUCUGGGGAAUAGUCUCUUUUGAUGCCUGUGAGAAGAGCAAGUGGUGGGCGUUGGCUGCAGUUGUACUGAGCCACCUCGUGGUAUCCAGCGUGACAUUUGUGAAUCCUCAGUAUGAAGGGAGCCUGAUCCCAGUAUACAUCAUCACGCUGACCAUGGGCAUCUGGGCAUUUUUCACUGCAGGUGGCUCAGUGCGGAAUCUCAAACUUUGUGUCACGUGCAGGGAUAAAGAUUUUCUUUUGGCCAACCAACGACCCAGAUAACAGUUUUGGUGAGCUGGACGCUCUUCCAAACCAACAUGACUAUGCAUGGUGAAGAGGAAUAGUCGAGAGUACAAAACUAUGUACUUCUUGCUAAGCAUAAAGGUGUUUUUUUUUUCUUAUUUAAAAGAAAAAGCACUUAAGUAAUUGCUGUAAUUUAAACCUUAACUCAGGGCAGUCUGUAGAUUCAGUAUAAAUCAUACCUGUUGAGAAUUUGAAUUGCCUUCAACCAAUGUAAUGAGCUUGACUGAUUGGCCAGCCCGAUGGAUUGAUGUAAGCGCUGCUCAUUUCUCAGUGGCUUUGUGCAGUGGUUACAUGAACCAUAUGUGAAACGAUAGCAAUAAGAAUCCAUUUGAUUAGGUCUGAAGUAGGUAAACUAACAGUCACAGCUCCUUUCUGAACGGAUUUGUAGCUCUUUAUUGAAGCAGACAUCUCCCUUGUUUGUAGGGUUCCCAACUCUGCAGGAUUUUUCCAGGACACUGGAGUGCUGGUGCAAUCCUGUUUGGAAGGCUAAGGCUAGAUGUUGUGCUGUUUCCAUUUUAUUUUCGUUUCUUAAUUAUAAAAUUGUUGGGGAUAGGAGAGAAAAUCUGUUUCACUUAUAGUCGAGGUUGAUCCAAUAAGGCUGCAAAGGGUCUGUGUCCCCUUUCUAAUUGGUCGUUGGAAGGCAGUGUGUUUGGAGGAUGGACCAAUGGCGAUAGUGUGGGGCCGGCAAGUCAUGUGAUAAUUUCCAGGAAUACACCCAACCAGAGUUGGCAACCCUGCUUGUUUGUGCAAUUUUCUUAACUGCUGUAUAAGUACUUCUGGGGGGGAGAAAAAUGACUUGCACAUUUAAUUCUUCACAAACACCAAUGCUAAGCUUUAAAAAUAUUGAUUUUAUUAAUGUCGAUGAGCUAAUCAUGUAAAACUUGAAUCUCAGCCGAUGAAUUGCUGUGAAGUUUAUUUUGCCUAAACAGCCACUUUGUUUGGCUCAUCGUGUCCUAGAUCUUAUUUAACAUGCUGUUAGCGAUCCAUUUUUUAGCUGUCUACUAGAAAACUGUCUUGCUGUGUGUUAAUGAUGCGUAAUUUAGUAACAAGUACAAUGUGCUCAAUAAACCUCAGUUGUCUUAAGACUAAACUAAUUUUA